CGCGUCCUCUGUGCUAUUGUGAGUUUGCGGGCCCACUGCCGUAUGGAGAACCAGCCAGUGCAGGCCAACGCUCAGCCCAUGAGCUACAGCAUCGUGUUCAGCCCCGACAAGCCGCAGGUACCCGUCCCCAAGUGCGUGACAGAGUACAAAUCCAAGCCGGCCGACUCUCCGGGUACGUUGCAGAGAAGACUCGACGACGCUACAGAGCGCCGCAAGGAGGAAGAGCAGGCGAGACUGGCCCGUAUCCAGCUGCGAGAUAAAGCGGUGACCGGGUUCGACAAGAUGGUGAGACCGUACAUUGACUCUCUGCAACAGCAAGAAGAGGAGGAAGCUACCUGCAGCCGCAGAGACUGAGAGACCUUAUAAAAACAGAACAUAUCAACCCGCUGAUGGGUCAUAUAUAGCAGCUGCAAAGCAUAUUUAUGACGGAAAUCAAUUAUAACAACAGCAGGAAAGGUUAUAUAGCAGAAGGAAGGACACUCUUAUGUUCAACACCAUGUUACAUGUGUAAUGUAUCAAUGCUAUACUGAUGAGUUAAUGAUUCAUGAAGAUGGUG